AUGGAAUAUUUAGAAAUAGUUGAAACUAUCAUGCCUUAUUUGAUAAACAAAAUUAUGACAGGAGUUGAGGAUAAGAUUUUUGCAAGUUUAGAAUCUUAAUCAAGUGCUUCUUUUGCAGCUAAUUUGGCUUACAAUAUGAUGCAUUAGAAAUGUUUUGAUCCUUAUUUUCAAAAUUAUAAUGAGUAAGAGGAUUUCGAAGCUUAGAGCACUUAGAAGGAAAGAUUUAGAGCCUAUGAUAUAAAAGACAUAGCUCCACUUUCUGUUAGGAUGACACCAAAAGUAGAAUUACCUCCAAAGCAUAAAUUUAUGUUACCAACUUAAUUAUGGGAAGACUAUGAACCUUAAUUGGUUAGAUAAAAAACAAUAGAAUAUGUUGAAGAAUAUCCAAAUGAAAGAAGAAUAAUGGAAUAAAAAUGUAUUGAAAAAUCAAAUAAAGAAUAAAUGAUAAGAGAACGAUCUAAAGAAAAACGAUUGAUGAAAGAGUAAUAUAAUAGAUUGAUAAUGCAAAUAGGAUCAAAAGAAUACACUUAUGAUUAUAAUUGUGAUCCUAUUGCAAGAUCUAAUAAUUAAAUCAGAAAGGAUGUAAUAACUACAUUGCCAUUUGAAGUACCAUAAACUGAUAAUAAUGCUGUGAUUUCAAAACCUAAACUUGUAGAACAAAUAAGAUAGAAGCGAAGAUAAGCAGAAAAUGAAGAAACUAUAGUUGAAUUUAUAGAGUCAUAAACUUAAGAUUUUAAAUUGUAACCAGGAGUUCGAUUGAGUUAUUAGAUUAUGAAUUAAAAAGAAACUAUUUAAAAAUAAUUAUCAUAGUAAUCCAAAUAGACAGAUUAGAUAUUAAAUUAAAAUAAAUAAUUUAAGGGUUUCAGAAACAUAAUAAAAUUAAACGACAUUUAAUUGUUAGGUUAUUUAUAAUAAUAUGAUUUGGAAAAUAAUUAUGACACACUUAUGUAAAACACAAAUAAGACAUAAUUAGUUACUCCAACAAACUAAAGUUUAUUAGAUUAAUCUACUAUUAAGAGGGAUGUGUUAAGACUACCAAAAUUGAGAUCACAUUCAAUAAAUGCUAGAACAAAGACAAAAAGUAAAUAAUAAUAAACAUACUCGAUUGUUACUUAUAGAGAUUGA